AUGGCCACCCUUCUCAUGCAAACAUACUCUCCAGGGCCAUUCAAGGGCAUCCUCCUCAACCAUUCCCCCGCUGCCUCGCCCUCCUACCAUCCUGCCUCCCUCCCCGCCCUCAUCCCCUCCAACUCCUCCCUCUCAUCCUCAGCGUCCUCAUCAGCACCAGGGGACUCAUCAGACUACUUCUCCAAGUCCCCCUCCCCCGGCCCGUCUCGCUCGCCCGGAAAUGUUCACCUGCACCCCCACAGCAAGCCCCGCAAAGGCUCCGCCCCCUCGACCGUCCGCCGCAUCCGCUUCGCACCGCUACCCGAGCCCAGACGCGACGAGGACGUGCUGCCCCCCGUCUUCCUUGACGACGACGCCGACCCAAAUCCGGAGCAGCUGACGAUGCACUCGGCGCUCACAAGCGCCGGCGUCCCCUUGGCCGCGCCCGCAGACUCGGACCUGUCCAAACGGGCGCACAGCGUGUCCUCCUCGAACCCCACCGCGAGCCCCGCCGCACGCCGCGGCUCCCUCCCCACUGACUCCCUCCUCCUCGCCUGUCCGCAAGUCUCCCCCGAGUCCUCUGGCUCGUCCGACCCCGCGCAGGGCGAGGCGGCGCCUACGGCCGUCCCCUCCGAGUGCGGCAACGACUGGGACGUGCUCUCGUCGCCCACCCUCCCCGUCCUCGCGCUGACCCCGCCGCAGUCCCCACGCAAGGGCGGCAAGUGGUCGAAGAUGCUCAAGCCGCUCCUGGGGCGCAACAACAACGCCGCGAACACGAAGUCGCCCCUCGGCCGCACGUUCUCGUCCGAGGAGCUCGCGACGAUCAACGGCGAGGCUCAGCAGCAGCAGCAGCGUGGUCGCAGCAGCAGCCUGCUUCGCGCCGCCGUCUCGAGCCGCGAUAGCAGCGUGAGUCGCGAGCGGGCCGUCGGGGGCGACUUCGGCGCGCCCCUCCACAGAUGGACGUCCGAGGGCGGCCCCGGGGUGGGGCUGCCUGUCAGCAAGAGGAAGCGAGGGCUGCUGUUCGGGGGUGGGGGAGGAGGGAGUGGGGGAGGGGUGCCUCUGGGACGGACGCAGAGUCUGACGUCGCUCUCGAGCAAGGAGGAGAAGAAGGCGGCGAAGGUGAAACAGGCGCCGGCUGCCGCGGCGGGCGGGCGGAAGCCGACGAGGAUGCUGAACGGGCGUGUGUACGGCGCGAGGCGGAACCCGAACGCGAACCCGUUCGCGAACGUCAGAACCGAUGAGCCUGAGUUCGUCGAAUGGGGAUACGGCGGGAUGGGUUCUGUGAAGAACACCGCUGGCCAGUCUACAGUCUGGUCACGUGUACAAGCCGACAACAACGCUGCCGGUCUCGCGUCCAAGCGCAAUGAUGAUGAGGACGACGGUACGGGCAUGUCGUGGGUGAAGCGUCGUAAAGAGGAGCGUGAGCGGCAGAAGAGGGAGCGUGAGGAGCGCGAAAGGAAGGAGCAGCAGGAGCGCCAGAAGGCGAUGGCCGAGGCGAACGGGGAGAGUGCGGACAUCGAGAUGAACACGGAGUCCGAGGAGGCGGCGACGGAUGCGAAAGAGGACGAGGACGAAGACGAGCCGGCGGAGAAGGUGCGCGAGAAGGUGGCGGAGGUCGAGCUUGUGGAGGACGACAAGGAGAACGUACCGGCGACCGCGAUUGCCACCCUUCCUUCUACGCCCGGUUCCUCUACGCCCUUCGCGUCCGACGCUCAGCGGCCCCAUCUGCACCUCGAACACAUCACGCAGGCCGUCAACAUCCCCGCUCCCCACCACCGCCUGCACCAUACUCACUCGCUCUCCCACUCCCACCCGCAUUCGCACAGCCAUGCGCACCACUACCACAGCCAUUCCCACUCCCUGUCGUACAUCGACUCGCGCGAAAGCGGCGAGACGGCUCGUCCAUUUGUCCAUCCGGACGCCGCGGCGGACCCGAGCGUCGCGCUGCUGGAGAACGAGAUCGUCGAGCGGGGAAGCGUGAGCAGCAGCGGCGCGAGCGCGAUGAGCACGACGAGCGACGACCCCGAGGACGAGGACAGCCCGAAGGACACCGACGGCGGCUUCGCCAACGACGAGGAGUCCGAAGACGAGGACGAGGAGGAGGGGCGUCGUCUUACCGCCCUCGGCGCAGGUGUGGAAAAGAUCGCGCGACACCACAAGGACGACCAGGGCCAGAGUGCGAGUGUGAGCGCGGUCGGGACGCCCAUGGAGUCGUCGAGUUAAGCUCGAUCGUCGCCGUAUGCGUUCAAAGUCCCGUCUCAGAAUUUCGCCGGUCCACUCCCCAACUCCACACCCUCAUAUACUCUCGCACCCGCACGUCUGCCCGCUGGAGACAUGCGCAGAUCGCGUGUCUUUGUACGGCAUAGACGUGACAUCCGUCGCAACGCGAUUCAUGGCUCCCCCACUGUGGACGAUCCGCGGGCGUCACGGCGCACCCCACUCCAGGCUCCGGCUUCGAGCACGAGUAGGGGUAAGCGGCGCGCCUGGUCGGCCAACCGUUGGCGAGGUAUUCGUCGCUCCGCUCAAAUUCGUGCGCGCGGCAUCUGGAAGAUGUCGCAAGUUGUUCUCUCAUAUUCCCCGCAUUAUAUGUAUACUCAACUUCGUCCUUGGGUCUUCUUAUCGUCCUCGCUGUGACAUACCGGCUCUCCGCACUCCUUACCAUCAGCUUAUAUACUCCAUCCAGUGUCCGCUGUAUCGCCGCUGGACGCGCAGUCGGCCAAAGCUCUCCUCGUGUCCGUCCCUUCCUUACUUCCCUGCCGUUCUCGUCCUAUGCUACCACAUCGCCGACGUCGACAUUCGUCGAUCCCGCCGGGUCUAAUCUUCGCCUUCGCCUGUGCAUAUUGGAUUCGUGCUCAUUCUCCUCGUUCCGCUCUUCAUGCUCCUCAUCCGUGCCUACGCUCCAAUCCCCUUCCCUAUCGCAUGCACCGACCGUCCAUCAUCAGCUCCCCGCUGUAAAAAGCCGCACAGGCAAGCACGCUGCCGCGUACCCAUCCCCUCUUACUUAUUAGUCGUCGCUGUCUCACACUGUAUCAUCCCUCGCAAGCCCUCGUGGCCCGUCAUAUCAUACUCGCUCGGCGUCCUCGCUCGUAUCAACCCACAUACUAUAUGGCCCUCUCUCAGGCUUUACUCGUCCUGGCUCCUCCACCCGCAUACAUCAUGGGUCAUGGGUCGCGGCGCCUAUCGCUUGUACCAGUAUAAUGCCCCCGCCCCCGCACUCCAUACUUCGUCGUUGCACUGCUGCCGUGCAAACCGUAUCCCUCGCCUUCACGGAUACCCCCAUCCACUACCCCAUAGUUCUGCUCCGCUUGCGCUUGCUGCGUCAUUCCAGCCUCCACUCGUCCGUCCGCACUUUGCCUUCUUUGCCUCCUUCUCGACAUCGUGCGCUUCCUCCGCUCUAGCACCAUUGCUCUGGCUGCAUCGGAUAUCCCAUCGGAUUGUAUCAUUGUGUAUCAUAGUUUCCUUUUCUCUGUGGAUAUUGGAUGUAUCGUUUUUCACCACCCUUCUUCUCUCACCGUCUUCCCGUGCUCAGGGAGCAUCUAUCCGCGGUCUUCCUCGCGUACGUUCCACCUUCCGUGAUCAUCCCACAUUCACGCUCGAUGCUCUCUUACUGCUCAUCGUUCGACUCAUCCCCUCCCCCGUACCCACCCCACGCACGUGCUUUGUGAUAUUUAUUUCAUUCACUCAAUCAUCACCUCCCUCCUUCACUUUUCUCUCCUGGGCUCUCUGGUCAACCUUCCCCUUCCAGUACCGGUCCCGUCGCAGCGCCGUUAUCCUCCCCAGCCUCGCUCGCUCUCCGUUCUUUUCUCAGCGCAUCCGCCGUCGUUAUCGAUGCACUUGCUGCUCUCCUGUCGCAUACAUAGAUGCAAUCACCCGUUACAAGUACCCUACCCACCGCGUGCAGCGCGUAUAUGCGUGUGCACGCCCGCAUGUGUU